AUGGAUGAGAAGGAGCGUUUCCCCUUAGCGUCGAAGGCGGGAACCGAAGAUGUCUACACGGAUGACAUCUUGAGUGGAGCGGACACGUUAGAAGAUGCCCUGAACCUGCAGACUCAAUUCGUCGAAAUGACCCAGGCCGGUGGGUUCAAUCUCCACAAGUGGGCGUCGAAUCAUCCCGAAUUAAUGAGGCAAAUUGAUAAUACUGAGCACGAAAGAGCGUUUUUCGAAGAUGAGAAAACCACAAGAACUUUGGGUUUAACCUGGCAACCCAGAAAGGACGUAUUUUUGACCAGAUUGCACGAAAUUGAAUUCCACCUGGGACAGACGACAAAAAGAACCAUAUAUUCUGACAUCGCCAAGCUUUACGACCCAUUGGGACUGCUGGGUCCGUUGAUUUUCGCUACGAAAGUACGAAUGCAGAAAAUCUGGCAACUGAACGUAGACUGGGAUGAAAUAUUGGCACGAAACGACGCUGAAAUCUGGGAGGUUUUCCGCAACCAGUUGAAAGAGAUGGGUGAAAUAGUUGUUCCUCGUUGUGUUUUUCCCCAUUCGAAUCCGCAAUCUGUUGAAUUGCAUGGAUUUUGUGACGCCUCCAGUCUGGGAUAUGGAGCUUGCGUCUAUGUUAGAUCUUGUGAUAUGACCAACUGUAAAAUUUCCCUCCUUACCUCAAAAUCUCGAAUCGCACCCUUAAAGAACGCUAAACUCACGAUACCGCGAUUAGAGCUAAGCGGUGCGCUUGUACUUGCACGAUUGAUUUCCAAUAUAACGCACAACCUUAAGAUUUCAUUUUCCAGAAUCAUUCUCUGGUCCGAUUCCACCACAGCACUUUCCUGGAUCAAGACCGACCCUAGCCGACUCAAAACCUACGUAAGCAACCGAGUCAUCGAGAUACAAGAGUUGGCUAAAGGCAUUGAGUGGAGAUACGUGGGGACGCAUGACAAUCCAGAAGAUGUAAUAUCUCGAGGAUUGUUGCCUUCCGAGAUACGAGAUUGCGAAAUCUGGUGGUCAGGCCCGAACUUCCUGUACCACGAUGAAGAAGAUUGGCCUAAAAGAUUCCAGCACAUCCCGACCGAGCAACUUCCGGAAACGAAAACCCCAAGCAUAAGCCUCACAGUUACUGACCCUCCUGCCAUGUUUUACCUGUUUGCGACGGAGAACAACUUUAGAAAAAUGCAGCGAAUAAUGGGAUUAGUUCUACGAUACAUCGACCACAUACGACCCAAGAAAGACAGACAGCAUCGAUACGGCGACCUACGUAUUCCAGAGCUACAACGAGCGACGGUUGCAUUGGCCAGUAUUGCGCAACAAGAGACAUUCCCCAACGAAUUCAGCUGCCUCGACGCCGGAAAGGUAAUUCACAGUAAAAGUAAACUAAUCAGCUUAUCUGUGUUUUUAGAUCGAUCAGAAUAUGUUCUGCGAGUGGGGGGUCGAAUUCGUCACGCACAACUGCCCGAAAGUCAGAAGCAUCCUAUUAUUCUGCCAGCCACGCACUGUUUCACUCACGCCGUGAUUCGUGCGUAUCACGUUGAGAUGUUGCAUGCCGCUCAACAGCUUCUACUUUGCGGAUUACGCCAUCAAUUUUGGAUUCUGCAUGGCCGCAGUACGGUGCGAAGGGUUAUUCGCCGGUGUGUCACUUGCAUGAAAGCAAAACCGGUAGGAAUGCAGCAGAAAAUGGGUGACCUACCCAUUGCGCGAUUGGAAGGUGUGCAUGCAUUCUACAACACUGGGGUAGAUUUUGCCGGACCGAUCUACCUGCGACAGCAUAACAAGCGUGGAACUGUUUCGAACAAAGCAUAUGUGGCCGUCUUUGUAUGCUUUGCUACACGUGCGAUCCAUCUAGAGCUAGUGGGCGAUUUGACAGCCGAUUCUUUCAUCGCCGCACUACACCGAUUUGUGUCCCGUCGGAGCAAGUGUGCCAGAUUAUUCUCCGACAACGGUCUCAACUUUGUGGGCAGCCGCUCAAAGUUACGAGAGAUGUACGACCUGUUUCAGUCCCAGCUUUUGCUCCAAGUCAGCCAUCGAAUGGAACAUGAUCCCACCAAAUGCCCCACACUUUGGCGGGUUGUGGGAGGCCGGUGUGCGCUCUGCCAAGUACCACCUUAA